UUUAUAAAACUUGCAAAAAACAACUUGGAGGUAGGAGCAAUUUCUUUGUUGUAAUUAGCUGUAUACCGUUCAAAUAGUUUUAUUUUCCUCCAUUAUAAUUUGUCAUUUACUAAUGUUAUGUAUCAUGGGAUUAAACAGGUAAGAGAAGAGAAGAUAACAAUGAUAAAAAACAGUCGCAUGAAAUAGUGCAGGAUUUAAUAGGCUGUUUAUGGCUCUCACAUUUUAGUCUGUGCAUAGCUUCCCCCACUGUGUUUGGCUAGCUCAUUUUAAGCAUGACUGUCUAUUGUGCCUGUCACUCUUAUUGUACCCAGAGCGAUGCCAAACAUUUGAGCAUGGCGAUUUAAGUCAGGAGUUAGGACGGCUGUGACACUAAUGGUCUUCCUCAGGAACAGGCUUACCCAACAGGAAACCAAUUACAAAGUUGAACAACUGCUGACAGCCCCUCCAUUUGACUGGGAUUGGGAUUAUAAAAAAAUAAGCAACUCUGCAUUUCAGGAAAAUGUGACAUCAGAAGUGCAGAGUUCCCAUGAGGUUUGGAAGUGCCUGUCUGUAGAACACUCGGGGUUAACAAUCUGGUCUUUUGCUCAUCAGACUCAAAGCUCUGCAGUAAGCAGAAGUGGAGGAGGUGGGAAGUUCAGCAAGAUGUUUCUUUGGACGGGCAGCAUAGCUGCACAGGGCAGCCAGUAUGAAAGAAGGACUGUUUACCAGAAAAUCAGAGCACACAGCCACCUGGAUAAGAGGAAGACAAAUACUGCUCUAAAGGCAGGGGAGGACCGGGCCAUUCUCCUGGGCCUCACCAUGAUCAUGUGUUCCGUGAUGCUGUACUUCAUCCUGGGGAUCACAAUCUUCCGAUCCUACAUGGAUAGCAUCUGGACGGAGGAGUCGUGGUGCACUGUGCUCAACUCUAGCAACAUAGGAGAUAUGACCUGUACGUUCAGCUGUGGCUCAGACUGCUAUGGAGUAUCAAAAUAUCCCUGUCUGCAGGUCUUUGUCAUCUUGAACUCCUCUGGAGAAGUAUACCGGCUGUCCCACACGGAGGAGACUCUGGAAAUCAACCCUGAGUGCUUUUAUGUACCAAAAUGCAAAAAGACGUGCAACAUGACCGUAAUCGAGAAAAUUGCGGAGUAUUUCAAAAAACAUCAACAGUUUCCAUGCUUUCAUGACCGAGAAAGAAAACAAGAGAAUGUUCUUUUGACUAGACUGUACGGGCCCAGUGCUCUCUUUCACUCCCUCUUCUGGCCUACCUGCAUGCUCAUUGGAGGUACCCUCAUCAUCGCCAUGGUGAAACUCACUCAGUAUCUCUCCUUGUUCUGCGAGGGCAUCAGUAAAAUCAAAAGGUGAAAUGUAAAAGGAAAAAACUCUUACACCACGCCUAAGAACCUUAAGAAGUGUCACAAAUGCUAUAUUCCCAAAAUACUUUAUCUGAAAAGUCUUGUUUGCCACCAUUUGCUAACACUUUUAUGUUGCUAAUAUUGAAGGGUCAAGCAUAAAAGCGGCAUAUUCCUCAUUUCUGGACAUUUUGAUCCAGGUCUAUGGAAGGCGACUGUUCCUGCCUGUCACACGAAGGCAUUCUAGAAUGGAAUACUUCCAGUCACCAUCAUUUCACAUCUGGAAAUUUGGAUGCCACAAGCUUUUCUCAGUGUGAAAGAAAAGUGUUCCAUAUAACUGCAGCCAUAAAAAUUGUCAUUAUUAACGAAGAAAACAAUGAAUCUCUUUCAAGCGAGAACACAUCAGAAAACCAGCAAGAAAGGAAAAGAAAGUCUAUCCAUCAAAUUUAAAGCCAAGAAAUACCAAAACGCAGAGUGAAAUUGAUUGCAGUGCUUUUUCAAGUAUGCUCAAAUCAGUGAUGCUCAAGUAAUGCUUGUUGGAGGAUCAGGACUGUGGGGUGGUAUAACACAAACUCUAACCAAAACAUCAGGUAAAAAUGUCUAUGUAUUCAUAUCUAUGUACCAAUGAGUUGACCUGCUUCUUAUCAUGCUUAAAUUCUAUUUUCACAAAACCAAAUCAACAAAGGACAGGCCAGCUUUAUACACUGAAGUGUAACCCAUUGUGCACAUCUCAAGAGGUGUAAUGUGAUUAGAAUGUUUUCUAUACAGAUGGAAAAGGGAAAAACAUCCUGCUAAAGUUAAGGUAGCUGUCACACAGUAAAACAGUGGACAGUUUAUUGUGAUGCUCUUGUUUUUAUAACGUCCAUUGUAUUAUGCUACUUUGUUGCAUUAUAAUUCACACCCUCCUUGGACAACAAUGCUAGUGUGACAAGCUAUGCCCUUGACCCCUUGGUGCUAGCAGCAAUCAGUUGACAUACUGUCAACCAAAUUUCAACUGUCAUGUGACGUCCCAGAUUCCUGACCAGCAAGACAUUUCCAGAGAGGCAUUUAGAAACAGUUUCCCUGUUCCAUGGAGGUUCAAACCCACAAGAUGGAAAUUGCUUAAGAAAUUGCUUUGAAGUUUUUGUACUGUUGAUGAUUUUUUCUUUUUCUUAAAACUACAAUGAUUCUGUAAUAACUUAUACCUGGGGCCAACUGGAAGCAAUGGAUUAUGGACAUUUCCCACAGAAUAAUACUGUUUAAAAUAACCUUACUUAAUUAAAAAAGCAAAAUGUUGCCAGUGCAUAGAAUUUUAACAUUGAGGAUCGCACUUAUAAAUCGGUUGCCGUCACACAUGCCUUGACUGACACCUUUAACACCUUUAUGAUAUAUUUUGCAAAAAUGAGAACUAAAGAAAUCUGGAGUAGCUACAAAAAUCUGGAUCAUCUAUAAAUCUCCAAGGAUUUCCCCAAACAAUUUGAAAAAAUUUACAACAGUGGUGACCAAAGCUGGCCCUUACGCUUCUGGUCUUUGUUCCAACCCUGUGCUAAAUUUUUUAGUUGAACCAAUUAAACCUCCACCCAGAUCCUGAACUAAUGAUUGGACACCCCUAACUUACGAGAUAGCGACCCUGGACAUUCGACAGUGUUUUGUCCAUAAAAACUUUUGAUUUCUUUUCACUUUACUAGAGAUCUGCUUGUACUUCACCCAACAGAAAAUAAAUACAUAUCUGGUUAGAGUACUGACUGUAUUCAUAGCUAACAUAUUUCAUAAUCCCUUAUGUCUGGGUUCAGGCCUCCUUUCAGUGGAGUUUUUACAGGAGAGGGCCAGAACAUAGUAACUCCUCGACUGAUCUUAGAGACAGACUCCGAGGCAGACCUUUUCACAGCUUGAGGAGCUCAAAUAAAAACAGUUUCUUAGGGUACUGGAGGUGGGAAUGUAAAAACACCAAGAUUAAUUAGUGGAUGCACUUUCUCCACUAUAAACUAAAAUUAUAUACAUCUAGAAGCUGACUCCUUGAGUUUUUGGUCAUGUUUUUGGAACAAGUCAACAGCAAUUAUUAUUACAUCUAACAGCCACCUGUUUCCCUUUUUUAAUAGAUCAAUUCAUCUGUUCUGAACAUAAGAAUUUAUAAUAUAGUAAAACCUGUAUUAACAGGCCACCAGUCAAUGUUAAUUUAGGUUCCACUGCAGAAUAUUUUUACUGAUUCACUUCUAUUCAGUUGAUGCAAAUUUCCUUUCACAAAACUGCAAUUGUUUCCUGUUAUAUUGUCAUUCCAUCUCUGGUAUUCUGUUGAAGUUUUAAAAAUUCACAUAGUGACUUACUUUUCUAUUUCGCUAAUGAUUAAAAAAU